CAUGCACUACUGAGGUUGUAAGUGUUCAUAAGUGGUCUGUAACUCAUGGGAGUUCAAAGCUGGAUUUUGAGGCCGAUUUGGAUGUGGAUUUGGAUGUGGAUUUCGGAUGGAUUUUGGCUGGUCAAGCAGCAACAUUUGGCAAGCUUACCCUGAACCAUGACGAAACACAUAAACAACUGACAUCGCAAACACCUGUCAAAUCUGUUGAUCCGAAGUCCCGCAAGAAGAAGGCCAUUCCUGUGCUAGCUGCACCUGACUUCAAUUCUGUGUCCGUAUUCUGGCUCAAGAAGUGCAGUCUCAUGCCUGGUCUUACAUUCUCAUCAGCUGCAAAGAGGAAGUGUGGUCUCAUACCUGGUCCGAGUCUUGCAUUCUUCAAUGAACUCAUCAUUUGCAAUGAGGUUAUCAGUAGUGCUCGAUUUUCUGCAAUACAAGUGAAAUAUUUGCCAGGGCUGCAGCGGCCCAAUGAUUCAACAUCAGGAAAACCCUCCUGGGGAAAAAUGUUAUAA